UUGCACCAUAGCCGAGUAUGAGGACGGCAGAGGGAGAUAGUUUCGCCAACGAACGAUAGCAACCACGAGGUACCUUAAUUAACCUGUAAAAAAAAGCGUUUGCUCGCCAGUGCGGAGCUGAGUUUUAAGUCCUUGUAAAUAUUGUGCAACGCCUUUUUUAAUUGUCGAGGGAACUAAGUUGCUCGAUGAGCAAGUUGUUUACAAAAUUACAUUCGUAAAAGUGUUUGAGGGAAAUUGAGGUACAGUCUUGGCUACUGGAGCAAUAUAACCUCAAAAACUAUUUUUUCAGUGCGUGUCAGGAACAAUUGAAGUGAAUACUUAUAAUCAAAGAGUAAUGGAUAGCGAUAAAGACGUAGUUAGGGUGAAAGAAGAGCCGAGCGAUACUUGGACGAAUGCAGGCGAUGAUUACAAUUUCAAUCUAGUGAACUCUUGUAAAGCAGAAAACUUUGAAACGUCUAAUGAACUAUCGUUACAGGAAAACUUAGAUGGAAACAUAUUCAUCGAGUGUGAGUUCAAAGAUGUUAAACUUGAACUGAAAUCUCCAUCGGCAACCACCUGCAAAUCUGAGUACCAAAGUCCUCAAGCUAGUGUGAAAAAAGAAAACGAAAUACUGCCGAAUUCCAUGAGUGAGGAAAAGCUCAUUAUUUUGAAAGAGAAAGGAUUUAAUUACGAUAAUAAUUCUCUUUUUCAAGUGACAUCUUGUUCAAAAGUUGCCGUAUAUUCGAAGGUUAAAAGUUUUGAAAAGACUGUUGAAACAAAAUCAUUGCAUGCGUCAAAAAUGUGUAAAAAUACGUCUACAUCGAUAGCAAGUUUGAAACAUAAGACUACGAUUCUUGAAAGAAUCAGACCGUAUAAAUGUGAUAUUUGUCAUAAUUCAUUUGCAUACUCGAAAGAUCUAAAUAGGCACAUAAGUGGAGUUCAUGAAGGUAGAAAACCAUUCGAAUGUGAUAUUUGCCAUAAAUCAUUUGCAUACUCGAAAAAUCUUAAUAGGCACAUAAGUGAAGUUCAUGCAGGUAGAAAACCCUUUGAAUGCAAGAUUUGUUACAAAUCGUUUGGUUACAAGUAUGUUCUUGAAAAACACAUAGAUGCAGUACAUAAUCGGAACGAACCCUUCGAAUGCGAUAUUUGCCACAAAUCAUUUGGAUACCAAAGUCAUCUUAAAACUCAUAUAUUGACUGUACAUGUUCGUAGCAAACUCUUUGAAUGUGAGAUUUGUCACAAAUCAUUUGGAUACCAAAGUAACCUCAAACAUCAUAUAAACGGAGUACAUAAUUGUAUUAAGCUCUUUGAGUGUAAGAUUUGUCACAAAUCAUUUGCAUACCAGAAUAAACUCAAAAGGCACGUGAAUACAGUACAUGAUCGCAGUAAAUCCUUCGAAUGUGAAAGUUGUCACAAAUCAUUUAACCGCAAAGAUAACUUAACAAGUCAUAUAAAUUCAGUACAUGGUCGUUGCAAACCCUUUGAAUGUGAGAUUUGCCAUAAAUCAUUUGGACAAAAAUGUCACCUCAAGGCUCACAUAAAUGCAAAUCAUGUGGAUACCGGCGUAAACUUAAAAUGCACGCGAAUACAGUAAAUGAUCGCAGUACACGCUUCGAAUUCGAUAUUUGUCAAAAAUCAUUCGAACGAAAAAGUAAAAAACAAAACUCACGUAAAGUUUUUAAUUAAUCGUUACAAAUCAUCAAAAUGGUGAAAUAGUUCUAGAAAGAUUUGGAACCUGUAAAUGUUCAUUUACAUAAUUAUCGUAAAAUUUAAAAGAUGUUAAAAAAAGUAUUUGUCUGUUGAUUUUGUGAAAAACUUCAGAGCAUUUCCAACUUUCAAUUAUUUUGUCACAAUUGUAAUGAGUUUCAUCCUUUAUAAAUUUACUUAUAAACUGAAUAAAGCCUAAAUUUU